AUGGGUGCUGUUCUGACCCGCAUCUCGCCGCCGAGCUUCAAGCCAGAGCGCGACAUUCCUGACCAGACGGGCAAGGUCAUCAUUGUCACUGGGGGCAACACCGGGAUUGGGUACGAGACUGUGAAGCAGCUACUACUCAAGAACGCGACGGUGUACCUCGCGGCGCGUUCGGCGGAGAAGGCUGCUGCUGCUAUCGCUCGACUGAAGACCGAGACGAAUGGGAGGGAGGCUGUAUUCCUUGAGCUUGACCUGGCGGAUCUCCCCAGUGUCAAGAAGUCUGCGCAGACUUUUUUGGCGAGGGAGGAGAAGCUCCAUGUCUUGAUUAACAACGCAGGUGUCAUGAAUUGCCCGACGGAUAUGCUCACGAAUCAGGGCUAUGAUAUGCAAUUCGGCACCAAUGUCAUCGGCCACUACCUGUUCACGACCCUCCUUCUCCCAGCACUGCGCAAGGCCGCAACCGACACCGUCCCCGCCCGCGCCAUCCACGUAUCGUCAGCGGGACACAUGCUCGCUCCGGGCCGUGGAAUCGAGUUCGCUAGCAUCACGGGCUCGAAGGAGAGAGACAGAUGGGUUAAGGCGAAAGGCGGCUUUCUCGCUCCAUGGUGGCUGUACGGACAGAGCAAGCUGGGCAAUAUAUACCUUGCCAAUUAUUUCGCGAAGACCUACCCCGACGUGCUUGUUUCUUGUUCGCUGCACCCAGGCGUAAUCCGGAGCGAGCUCCAGCGACAUUCGGCUGGUUGGAUGCAGGUCAUCGGGAACGGCAUUUUUUACCCAACUCCACUUGGCGCACUUACCCAGCUGUGGGGGGCGACCAUUGCGACACCGGCGCAGGUCACUGGCCAGUAUUUGGUGCCGUGGGGCCGCGUGGCGACUCCGGAUAAACGCGCAAGGGAUGUGAAGAUGGAGGACGAGAUGAUUGUGUUCGUGAAGGACGCCGUGAAGGAGUAUAUAUAG